AUUACUUGUUCUGACAAAAUUACCUAAAUAAAUCAUUAAGUCAAUGAAGCAACAAGAACAUAGCUCUUCGAUAAAUACACGAUACUAUCCACUGUACGCGGAUUCAAAAAGCGGGCUCGCUGCUUUAUUACGAUAAGAUAAUUAACAAGGUUAGAACAUGAAACCGCAUUGCAUUACAAAACUUUGAUGUCGUAGGGUAACGUUUUUAUUAAAGGCCUCCAUAUCGACGAAAUAUCUUCGAUCAUGCAGGUACUGGCAUACUCGACUGGUUCUCAGAAGAUUGCGCCUUAUGCAUAAAAUACCCAUGUGAACCUUUUCGUGCGCUUCGUUAAUUCUGCAAAGUGAUUGCGUAUUAAUGGUAGGCUAUUCUUUAUUUUUCAACAUAUUGAAGGUGCAUGCUUUAGCAUUCUCAUUUAAUUAGCUUGGAUUUAUUUUAAUGGGUUAUGCAAUCUAUCAACGAAAUUACAAUGGAAAUAUCAGUCUAUCAUCGACAUGACAGUAUAUAAAGCUAAGCAAUCAGAUAUUAUAACGACGAUCGUUUUUAAACCUAUCAGACGUCUUUUUGGGGGAAAAGCAGGCUGCAGUUUAGAGUGGAAAACUAUGAGCAGCCUUUAGUGGUGAAAAUGCGGUGCUGCGAUUGGAAGAGAGCCUCGGAUUGAUAUUGUUCUGUGGCCAAUAGGAGCGCAGUGGGUGAAUGACCGGCUUAAGUUUAAGGGGGCGUAAGGGACCGAUGUGCCAGUCCACUGAUAAAAGCAGAUCGUCUGUGAUAAUCACAGAAAACAGAAAGAAAGCUGCGCACCAUUUGGGACGUCGCGCCAAGAUGCACCAAAAGGCUUCCCUCUUUAUCAGGAAAAUCGUUUAAGACUUCACAUUCGCCACACUUUCAUUAGGCGAAUACAUCUUUCCAUGGGAAUUUUCAGUUGCAGGUUAUAUAGAAAAAGUAGAACUCCAGUUUUAUUUUCCAUUUGCAUUUCGCCGCGCUGAACUUCGCUUGAAAUUACCGACGGUGAGAUUAACUCUUGUUUAUUUUUUUUUCUUUUAACCUGCAUUUAUAACAUAUAAAGUUACUUGUCCGUGCAUGUAAUAUUGGUCCUAACAGAAAGGAUCGGCUAAGAAGUUAUGUUGCUGGACGCUGGUCAUCAGUUUCCUGGUUUGGGAGUUGGUACAUUUACUAGGCAUCACUCCGCGAGCGAAAUGCAGGACAGGGAUCUGAGUUUAGCACAGAACAGCUUUGUUGAUUCUGCACACAUGGGUGCGUUUAAAUUGAACCACGACCUCUCGCCGGGCCAGAGCUCUGUUUUCACUUCGCAGGCACCGGGUUACGCCGCUGCGGCUCUGGGGUCUCACGCCCAUGUUACCUCGUACGCGAGUUCACCCUUCAACUCCACACGGGACUUUCUCUUUCGCAGCCGCGGCUUCGGAGAUUCGUCUCCGGCGAGCAGCCAACAUGCUAUUUUCGGGCCCGCAGCGGGGUCCCUUCAUCACCCCCAUUCAGACAGUCAAGGCCAUAUAUUGUUUCCUGGGAUCCACGAUCAGCAUGGAGCGCACAGCACCCCGGCUGUAUUAAACGGACAAAUGCGACUUGGACUACCAGGAGAUGUUUUUGGGCGGACUGAUCAGUAUCACCAGGUGUCCAGUCCGAGGACCGACCCUUAUUCCACUGCUCCACUGCACAGUCAGUUUGGCUCCAUGAACAUGAACAUGAGCAUGAACAUGUCAGCCCAUCAUCACCCCGGUGCCUUCUUCCGAUAUAUGAGGCAGCAGUGCAUCAAACAGGAGCUUAUCUGCAAGUGGAUUGACCCCGAGCAGCUGAACAGUCCGAAAAAGAGUUGCAAUAAAACUUUCAGCACCAUGCACGAGCUGGUUACCCACGUCUCGGUCGAGCACGUCGGAGGACCCGAGCAAUGCAACCACAUCUGUUUUUGGGAAGAGUGUCCCAGAGAGAGCAAACCAUUUAAAGCGAAAUAUAAACUCGUUAAUCACAUUCGGGUCCAUACCGGAGAGAAGCCUUUCCCUUGUCCCUUCCCUGGAUGUGGCAAGGUUUUUGCGCGCUCGGAAAACUUAAAGAUACACAAGCGGACGCAUACAGGCGAGAAACCAUUUCAGUGCGAGUUUGAGGGCUGCGACAGGCGUUUCGCAAAUAGCAGCGACCGGAAGAAGCACAUGCACGUGCACACGUCGGACAAGCCGUAUCUUUGCAAAAUGUGUGAUAAAUCGUACACUCACCCCAGCUCCCUGAGAAAGCACAUGAAGGUCCACGAAAACUCUUCAGCCUCUGACUCCUCGCCUGCAGCCAGCUCUGGCUAUGAGUCAUCGACACCCCCUGGCUUGGUCUCCCCAUCCACCGAAACCCAAAGCAACAACACUUUGUCGCCUGCAUCCACGGCUCACAAUAACGCCGGCCACAACACCCUGUCGUCAAAUUUCAGUGAAUGGUACGUUUAGGUCUGAGAUGCAAAACCCAGAACUAAAUAACACAAAAUAACCACGUGUAUAAUAAGCGUAUAUAAAGAUAUGUACACCCAAUGGGCGUGGCAAUGCGAUAAAAGUCACUCUGAUGGACUUGUUGCUACAGCAGUCAAAUGAAGAAGCAUAUUUAUUCAUCGUUUUGUAAAUAAGAGUCUGUGAUUUCUCGUUCUCCACUUCAUGGCAGUGAUAAACCUCGUUCACAUUUGUAUGAAUGUUCCUUCAACGGUAGCUAUUCAUAUGAACUUUUAGUGCAAAUAUACGAGAUCUUUUCUAUUCAGACAUUUUCAGUUACACUAACAUCUAACAUAAACUAGUACUUGAUUUCAGCUAUACAACUUUAAACUGGAUUUUCAGUGCCAAAGUUAACAUUUAACUGUUAAUGUGAAUGUAUAUUUAAUUUGCCGGGUUUACCUUGUGAUGUUUUGUGCUUUAAGAGUUUGAAUAUAAUAUCUGGAAGAUUUUGAGAAAGAUAUACGUUGUAUUGUAACGUGUUGUUACAUUUUCUGGAGUCACGCUUUUUCUUUUGUAAAUAUCAACUGCCAUAUUUAUCAGUUUGUAAUUAAAUUAUGGUAUUUACUUGAUACAGAUUAAACGAUAUUUAUAUAAAAAGUUUCUUUAUGACUGAAAUGUACAAUUAUGAGCAAAACACACACUGAUGUUUUAUGUUUUGUUAGUCUGAGAUGUGUUUUCUCCAUUCUCGUGAUACGUUUUAAGAAUUUAAUUGUAUACAGAGAUAUAAUAAAACGUGUUGCAAGUGGUCGGUUA